AUGUACUGGCAUUGGAGGCAGUCUAGAGAAGGUUCACCAGACUAUAUAUCGAGAGCCCUCCAGUUAUACAAACACGUGGUUGGACCUGACCUGCGAGCAGAUUUGGGGGCCACGCAAUUGGAAGGUCACCUCCGGGUGCCUUUCCCCUCCGUCCCGGAAGCCCGGAUCGCUCUGGGAUCCCUCCAGCCAGACCCGGAGCCGCGCAAAGGAGGAAUCAGUAGGCGGCUCAGCGUGCAGGGCAGGGAGCUCCAAGUACAAUGGGAGGCAGAUGAAGCUCGAAUUCUAAGAGUCUCGGUCUCUUCCUUCCUCGAUCACCUUGCGCUGGUCCUGCUGACCAUGGAGAGGUUUGGAUAGCACCCUUCAGCAGAGCGAGCAGGAGAAGCAGAAUUAGCAAGGUCCGUCUCCCCAGCGAACAGUCCUUGACUCGCGUCUGCUCUGCCAUGUUUUAUCUCUGACUUUUGGCGGCACUGAAGCUGACUGUUACAACUUUUUGGGGGUGGGGGUAACGUCGCGUCAUCGGGUGCAAAAUGCUGCAGGAGGUCGCCUGAGACCCAGCGGCCGGUUUCAGGGAGUAGGGGUUCCCUCGCGAGAGAACGCGGGACGAAAAAUAAAGAGGGGGCGACCUCAAUCUUUUCCCGUCCCCUUCGUCUGCUUCCCACGAGCGGCCCUAGCUUGGGACGCAAGGCUCAGGAUUAAACCGAAAUGGAGUGUGUCACAGAGAGGAAUGCUCGCGGGAAGGUGAAACAAAAAGAGAGAGAGAGAGAGGAAGGGGAGGAGAGGUCCCAGCAGGAGACGUGUGCUAAUCCAGGACUGACACCCACACAUCGGGCGGGUUAUGUAACUCAAUGGGCCUCAGCGCAGUUUGGCUUAUCUCUCUGUCAAAGGGCAAUUAUUUGAACUGAAUGCGUAGUGUCCCACAGCACAGAAACAGACCCUGUGGCCCAACCAGUCUGUGCCGAUCCUAAUCCCAAACUGAACUGGUUCCCCACCUGCCUGCUCCCGGCCCGUAUCCCUCCAAACCUUUCCCCAUCCAUGUACUUAUCCAAAUAUCUUUUCAACGUUGUAACUCUACCCACAUUCACCACUUCCUCUGGAAGCUCAUUCCACACACAAACCACCCUCUGUUUAUAUAAAAAAAAAAUUUUCCCCUCGUGUCUUUUUUAAAUCUUUCUCCUGUCAUCUUAAAAAUAUGCCCCCUAGCUUUAAAAUCCCCGAGGGAAAGGACACCCACUAUUCACCCUGCCCAUGCCCCUCAUGAAUUUAUAAACCUCUAUAAGGUCACCCCUCAACCUCCUGUGCUCCGGCCUCUCCUUACAACUCAAACCCUCCAUUCCCGGCCACAUCCAGAUAAAUCUUUCCCGAACUCUCUCCAGUUUAAUAAUAUCCUUCCUAUAACAGGGCGACCAGAACUGGACACAGUGCUCCAACGUCUGUGUACAACCUCAACGUGACGUCCCCAACUCCUACACUCAAAGGGUCUGAGCGAUGAAGGCAAGCGUGCCAAACGCCUCCUUCCCCACCCUGUCUACCUGUGACGCUUAGUUCAAAGGAUUAUGUCCCUGAGCCCCCCCUCGGUCUCUCUGUUCUACAACACCACCCCAAGGCCCUACUUUUCAUUGCAUAAGUCCUGCCCCUUGUUUGUUUUAGCGACACCUCGCGUUUAUCCGAAUUAAACUCCGUCUGCCCCUCCUCGGCCAGUUGACCCAAUGGAUCGAGAUCCCUUUGUAAUCUUAGAGGAACCUUCCUCACUGCCCACUACGCCCCCGAUCCUGGUGCCAUCUGCAAACUUACUAACCGCGCCCCCUGUAUCCUCGUCCGAAUGGUUUAUAUAAAUGACAAACAUGCACAAGGAGGUGUCACUGGCGAAGGGGCACGUUCGCUUGAGGAUAAAGGGAGGGGUGCGACCCUUUGACAUAUUGGCCUUCCCCUGAACCACCUCCCUAGUAAAUAUCUUCCAGUGGGAGGAACUGACACUCUCCUGGACACCUUGGGGUUGGGGGAAGAUCGGGGCAAAUUAGUCAGACAUACACCUCUCAAAUCUCCCCGAAUUUAUUCACCAGUGACUUGAACAGCACGGGGUUAGAUACAGAGUAAAGGCUACCUCUACACCGUCUCCCCCCCACCAUCAACCACUCCCAGGGCAGGGACAGCAUGGGGUUAGAUACAGAGUAAAGCUCCCUCUGCACCGUCUCCCCACCAUCAAACACUCCCAGGAAACCUACACAGCUGGUCUGAUUCAGCAAGGAAUGCCUUUGCUGCUCGGUUUCGUGUAUCUCUGGACCUCGGAGUUAGUCUAAGAAAAACGAACAAACCUGAAAAUUCGCAGCUGCCUUUGGAGACCACAACAGGGGAGCAGCUAAGUGGCUAGUUUUUUUUUAAGAUCUACAAUAGUGAGUAGAGCGGGUUCCUUUUAGUUAUGUUUUAUUGUUAUCUAUUUCUUGAUUAAACUUUAUACAUACAAAACGUA